UUAUUCCAGGAAUCUAAUGCUGCGGUGAUUAUUUUCUGACAGUCAACAUUUUUUUUGUUCUGAUGUCAUAUAUAUCUUCUCCUUUUUUUUAAUCUUUUUGUUUCUUUCUCAAUGAUUUCACUAUUUCUUUAAGAUUUAUAUUACCACUUGAAUACGUGAAGAAGGCGCCUGCAUUUUUCCUUGUUUUGGUUUCUAGAUAAGUGCUUGUGAGUAGAAGCUUUGUUUUCUUGAUGGAGGUGGAAACACCAUUGCUGCGCAAUGGAGGAAAGCAUAAUGAUAUUUUAGUGAAUAGUUUGAGGUGUGAUUUCUUCUCCAAGUUGCCUCAGAAAGUUAAGUAUGGUGUUGAUCCUGAAGCUCCCUUCGAAAUCGAUCUUUCGAAGACCAAAGGGUUGAUCGAAGGGGAGAAAGAGUACUAUGAAAAGCAAGUUGCCACCUUGAAGUCAUUUGAGGAAGUUGAUUCUUUAGUUUCUCCUCAUGACAAUGCUGAGUUGGACAGCCAUGAAGAAUCACAGCAUGAAAGAGCUAUCAACAUUUCUAAUUGGGCUAAUAUUUUUCUGCUCCUGCUCAAGAUUAUAGCUACAAUGAAAAGUGGAUCCCUAGCAAUUGCAGCAUCGACACUUGACUCGCUGCUUGAUCUGAUGGCCGGGGGAAUUCUGUGGUACACACACAAAACUAUGAAAGAUAUUAACAUCUACAAGUAUCCGAUUGGAAAAUUGAGAGUUCAGCCAGUCGGCAUCAUUAUCUUUGCUGCUAUCAUGGCAACUCUUGGGUUUCAAGUACUGAUCCAAGCAGUAGAACAGCUGAUUAGAGAUGAACCUUCAGAGAAUAUGAACAAAGAGAAAUUGAUAUGGCUAUAUACAAUCAUGCUCACGGCUACUGGUGUAAAACUUGUGCUCUGGAUUUACUGCAGAAGUUCAGGAAACCGAAUUGUUAGAGCCUAUGCCAAGGACCAUUAUUUCGAUGUGGUGACAAAUGUAGUCGGUCUGGUAGCUGCGGUUCUUGGUGAUAAAUUCUAUUGGUGGAUAGACCCUGCUGGUGCUAUAAUUCUAGCAUUUUACACCAUCUCAAAUUGGGGUGGAACUGUACUCGAAAAUGCAGUUUCCUUGGUUGGACAAUCAGCUCCGCCUGAAGUUCUGCAGAAACUUACAUAUCUGGUGUUAAGGCAUGAUCCACAAAUUAAACGUGUAGACACCGUACGUGCCUACACUUUUGGUGCUCUUUAUUUCGUGGAGGUGGACAUAGAACUACCAGAAGAUUUGGCAUUGAAAGAAGCACAUGCGAUCGGAGAGUCGUUGCAGAUUAAGAUUGAAGAACUCCCUGAAGUUGAGCGUGCAUUUGUUCAUCUUGAUUAUGAGUGUGACCACAAACCAGAACACUCUGUUUUAGCUAGGCUUCCCAAUUCUCACCCUUAAAUGUUGCUACUCUUUUUAGACUUAUGUAUUAGAUGAAACAAAAUGUUCUGCUGCACUGUGUUUAUAGUUAUUUAUCUUGCAUCAUUCACUUA